AUGGCGUCUCUAGCAGAGCAGAACUUCAACCUGUUCUCGCAGCAGCAGCAGGAGGAAUACUCCCACUUCGCCGACGCAACCCACAACCCCGUCUUCACCUCUGCGCCCAUGGAUCUGGGCAUGACCGCCGAUGCCUUCUCGUUUGUGCAGCGCGCACCCAGCCAGGAGCACUACAGCACCAGCCCCAGCACCAUCAGCUUCGAAUACACCACCGACCCAGCUUCCACCUACAUGAUGAACAGCGCUGCCUCACCAGGCGUGUACGGCGACGACCUUCUCUCCAACAUGUCCACCGGCUCUGCAUCCUCAUCAGCGGUUGGGUCUCCUCUAUCGAGCCACGGCCAGACGGGCAUGGAUCUGGCCCAGUACGGUGGUCUCGGCAUCCAGCCUAGCAUUGCCGGCGAAUACUACGAUUUUUCUGCCUAUGCGCAUGGAAUGGAGGAUGUGACGCCCUAUGAUUUCACCGGCCUGGCACCCACCAAGUCCUAUGUUGGUAAGUCUCUCUUUUUCUUUACUUUACUUGAUUCAUUUUUUGCUUUCAUUAUUCAUCAUUCCCUCUCCCUCCACGCAACCCCAUGGUGGCAGCCUGUCGCGGCAAGAUUUCCUCUUUAG